AUGACAGCUGGAUCUGUCUCAGCUCCUCAGGUCAUACCACUUCGAAUCCCUCUUCCAGGGAAGGCUAAGCAUGAAAUAGACACAAAUACUCUCGUUGAAAUAAAAUCAGAUGGAAGUAAACCAGAACUCAUUAGGAAACCUGGCUGUGGAGAGCACAACACUUUCAAAUAUAAGGGUCCUAUCAUAUUACCAGUUGGGAAAAUAAUGGUCAAGGCAUUGGCAGUUACAAAGGACUGCAGGGAGAGUACAGUUGUAACAAAGGUAUUUCUGGUGGAGUACAAUCAACCAAGCAUCCCCUUCUCUGUUGAAGACAAUUACAAGGAUUUCCUAAAAGAUAUCACCACACAGGAGAGGGAAGGUGGGAUGUUUAUUACAAAACCAAGGAAGAAUGGAGUGAAUGUAGAAAUCAAGCCUGCCUGGAGUGAAGCACCCCAAGAUUUUCAAGACUUGGAAACAGAAAGAAAGACUUCUCACAGGUCCCUGCAAGGACCACAGCUCCAUGCAAGUCAUUUGGAAACAACAGAGUACAGAGAGGAAUCCAACUCAGCACUACCAAUAGAGUCGUUGCAGUAUGCUAGUUCUUCUGCAGUGACUAGCCGGAAAAGCUUAGCAAGCACACAGGUGGCAAGGAUCCAGAGGGAAACAGAUUUUCUCAAAUGUGCACGCUGUUCUGCACCUCGCUUGUCUGACCCCUUGGCUCACUUCUGUCAGGAAUGUGGAUCUCCUAUCCCACCUGUGCCAGUACGUCGCUUCCUGCCCCCUGAAGGGGCACAGAUGGCACCAUGCCUUGAAUGCAGACAUCUUGUGCCAAUGAAUACCCCCACUUGCAUUGUAUGUGAGUCACCAAUAGCUCCACAGCUGCAGCCCCAAACCAACAUCUGCGUAAAGGGCAAAGUAAUUUGUCAGGCAUGUGGCACAGGAAAUCCUCUUCACCAUAAACACUGUGUGACUUGUGAAAGCAAACUGCCUGAAAUACAGAUG